AUGGCGCGGCAAAACACAUUCACCGUCCUCCCGCCGGUGCCGCGCUUCAAUGCCGGCGUGGACACCCCGCCGCGCCCCAUGACGUCCAAGCAAGUGCGCAAGGCGUACAAGGCCGCCACCAAGACCCCGACCAUGACGCGUGCCGAGCGUGCCAAGUGGGAGCGUGCAGAGCAGGAGCGCAUCAGAAAGGAGAUGGACAAGGAGAGGGCCGCGGCAAAGGCACGCGCGGCCAGGGAGAAGAAGAAGGAGAAGGAGACGCAGCAGCGCGAGGAGAAGCGUCGCAACGGCAUGCCGCUGGUGAAUGUGCGUCCGAGCCAGGAUACGAUUGCGAGGUUUGUGAGAGGGAACGGCUCGGCCAAGAAGAGGGAUGCGGAGGGGUUGGAGGUGACUACGCCGCAGACGGCCGAGCUCGAGAAACAAGUCGAUGCCGAUACGACGAUGCCGGAGCCUGAAACGCAUGGUUUAGGCUCAAUCACGGAAGCUGACGAAGAUGUCGAUGACGAAACGCUGGCAAGCGUAAAAACCGAUGAACAGCCACGAGCGAAUCCGGACGACAAUGCAUACGAACACAAUACAGACGCAAAAGAGAAACAAAUCAUAGGACAUAACGAGACGGAUGAUAAAAAGAGCGAAGCCCCUGCCGAGGUAUCUUUAUACGACUACGAUGUCGAUCUCAGCUUCGAGGAGCCCAUCGACGAAGCCACCUUUGACGCAGCUUUAGAUUUGAUUCCCGUUUUCGAGGCGGGUGAGCUCCCUCAGAUACAGCUGGCGGGCGAGGAAAAACAGUCAAAAGAGCAGGCCAUAAAGGAAGCCGGCAUCUUGGCGCUAUCCCAGGAUCUCCUCGAUGAAGACAUCAACACAGACAUGCUGGAAGAACUGGACGAGCUUCUCAGCGGGGGUAAGACACCCGCUAAGCCAGUGGCAGUGAGACCUUUGCCAUCACCCGGGCAAGCAACAGGCAAUGCGCGCGCGGAUGUGGCAUCGCACAAGGCGUGGCCCAAUAUUUCAUCAACAUCUCCCAGAGAGAGAACGCGGACGUCUCCGUCGCAGCGCGGGCUCCCGGCCUUGCCAUCGCCACGGCAGACACGACAGGAACCGCCAAUGGCCACACAGGCCAUCCUGACAAACGUGGAUGACUUCUUCCCAACUUCCUCCGAGCAAAUGCGCGAGCUCGAGGAAGAACAAGAGGCCAGCCAGCAAGAAGCGGCGCCACGACCCGCAGCACCCAGGAUGCAGCAAAGGUCGUCACCAAGCAACCACACGUUCCUUGGCGGUGUUGCAAACUGUCAAUCAGUCACGAAGCCAGAAAACGGAAUAGAGGAUCCUGCUUCCGAAUUCGGCUCGUUUCCCUCGACCUCUCACUUUUCACUGUCAGGAUGCUACGCCGCGUCGCACUCAAAACAGACAGCGUCAUCACGAAGACAGCAGCAAGCGCCGCUCUCGACUCCGAAGCCGCCGGUUUCCGAGCCGGCAGCGCCUCCGGCCCAGGCUCCACAACCCACCCGGUUCUUCACGUCAUCGGGCUCCAGGGAGCAGCUCUCCCUCGCGAUGCAGCAUAGCCGUCGCUCCGCUGCCCUGGAACAGAUCCAGGAGAAGGAGCGUCGGCGACAGGAGGCGGGUCGCCUGAUGCGGCAAGCGACGCAUGACGACUGCGCGCAGCAGCAGCAGCAGCAGCCCGCGUCUCCGAUCGGGCGACGAAAUGCUAAGCAUUGCAACGAUAUAGCAAGCCGUAAAGCAACGACGGUGCAGGCGGCAGAUAAGGAGAAUGUACAGCCCGAGAUGCGAUGCUCCCAGGAGACCGAGUACGGCGGGGACUGGGUUGAGGAUGCGGCGUGGGAUCUGCCGCUGUGCUGA